CAGUGCGCGGAAGCUCCGGCGGGGUGUGGGGAACGGCAGCGUCCGCGCGGGUGGUGGCAGGAGCAGCCCAGCCGGCAAAACACACUAGGAACAACAACGAAGGGAGCCUGUGGUCCUCUCCAGUAAACACAAUCCCCUCCACCGCCACUUUCCCCUCCGCGCCGCGCGCCGGCCUGCUUUGGCGCUCGAGGCAGCUGGGACUGCUAUGUGACCGGGAGGCUGCGGGAGGAAAGGGUCUGGGGAGAAGAGGUUGGCCCGCGGAGCCUCUGAGGGCCAAGUUCGCGGCCACUUCCACAGGCACCCCUCAGUCCUCGCUUGCCCCUUCCUGUAACCUAGCUGCCCCCCUCCGAGAGUUCCCUUCGUGUCCUCGCGCUCGCAGCUGCCGCGGUUCCCAGCGAUCAUGGUGACGAUGGAGGAACUGCGGGAGAUGGACUGCAGCGUGCUCAAAAGGCUGAUGAACCGGGACGAGAUCAGCGGCGGCGCGGGCGGCAGCAGCAGCCACGGCGCCCUGGGGCUGCUGAGCGGCGGCAAGUGCCUGCUGCUGGACUGCAGACCGUUCUUGGCGCACAGCGCGGGCUACAUCCGAGGCUCGGUCAACGUGCGCUGCAACACCAUCGUGCGGCGGCGGGCCAAGGGCUCUGUGAGCCUGGAGCAGAUCCUGCCCGCCGAGGAGGAGGUGCGCUCCCGCCUGCGCUCGGGCCUCUACUCGGCGGUGAUCGUCUACGACGAGCGAAGCCCGCGCGCCGAGAGCCUCCGCGAGGACAGCACCGUGUCUCUGGUAGUGCAGGCGCUGCGCCGUAACGCCGAGCGCACAGACAUCUGUCUGCUCAAAGGUGGCUAUGAGAGGUUUUCCUCUGAGUACCCAGAAUUCUGCUCCAAAACCAAGGCACUGGCCGCCAUCCCACCUCCUGUGCCCCCUAGUGCCUCAGAGUCCUUGGACCUGGGCUGUAGCUCCUGUGGGACGCCCCAGCACGACCAGGGGGGUCCUGUGGAGAUCCUCCCCUUCCUCUACCUCGGCAGUGCCUACCACGCUGCACGGAGAGACAUGCUGGACGCCCUAGGGAUUACAGCCCUAUUGAAUGUCUCCUCGGACUGCCCAAACCACUUUGAAGGCCACUACCAGUACAAGUGCAUCCCAGUGGAGGACAACCACAAGGCUGACAUCAGCUCCUGGUUCAUGGAGGCCAUUGAGUACAUUGAUGCAGUGAAGGACUGCCGUGGGCGGGUGCUGGUGCAUUGCCAGGCUGGCAUCUCCCGCUCGGCCACCAUCUGCCUGGCCUACCUGAUGAUGAAGAAGCGGGUGAGGCUGGAGGAGGCGUUUGAGUUCGUCAAGCAACGCCGGAGUAUCAUCUCGCCCAACUUCAGUUUCAUGGGGCAGCUGCUGCAGUUCGAGUCCCAGGUGCUGGCCCCAUCCUGUGCGGUGGAGGCCGCCAGCCCUUCGGGCCCCCUGCGGGAGCGGGGCAAAGCCACCCCCACCCCCACCUCACAGUUUGUCUUCAGCUUCCCCGUCUCGGUGGGUGUGCACUCGGCCCCCAGCAGCCUCCCCUACCUGCAUAGCCCCAUCACCACCUCCCCCAGCUGUUAGAGCCAGGCUCAGAACCCCUGGAACCAGAGCUGGCUCCUAGCCAGGGUUGCAUAAGCCACGUGUGGGCAGCAAGUAGGGACUGACAGGGAGGGCUGUCCUCAUCCAUUUCUUCUUGGCCAACUACUGGGCCAGCUAGAAUGGCAAUAAGGACUUUGAAUACACAUUAAAAACAAACAAACGAAACACUCCAACAUAGAGCAAUAACUCCAGCAUCGGCAGCCAGGGAAGUCCUUGGUUUGGUUUAUGUGUCAGUUUUACUUUUCAGGUAGAAAUUUCUUACCUCAUUUUUUUAAACAGUAAGGCUUGAAGUUAUGAACCCCCCAGAUCCUGGCAAAUGUGCCCAACCCAUUUUAUUAAGGGGGGCAAGAGGGAGGGAGGGAAAAGGAAAAGAAGAAAACAAGUUUGCCAGAAGUGCCUGGUCCUGUGUGCUUGUCCUGUUGCUGUUGUUGGUCACAGAAAUUUUGUUUUGUAAAAGAAA